AUGACGCAGAACCCGCAACAAUCAGGAGUUCCGUUUCCUCUGGAUACUUACAACAUUGAAAACGAUCCUAUCAUCACAUCCGCCGGCCCGUUCCAGCAGAACUUCUCCUUCUCCCCUUCCUCCUCCCCCAUGGUGUCACACGGCCCGUUUUCCAAUGUCUACAACGGCUCUGCGGUGCAACCCUCUUCGUUAAACCCUUCGGAUUUUUACUCGCCCCCGGGAUCAGCCUAUCACUCCACUGUGUCGACGCCGCAUCCUCUGCCCGACAAUGACGGCUUCUAUUUUGGGUCGAUGGACAUUCGCGGCCAAAGAUCUCAGAAUUUCCGCCCGGGUUCCCAGAACAUGGGGAGCCAAAUGAACCAGCAGUUCAUGUACAACAACGCGAACGGAAACCCCAUGUUCUCAGCAUCAGCCCCCACCACGGAAUCAGUAUCCGCCUUCAGCACCGCGCCGAGUCCUUUCGGGCAUAUUGAUCCAACGCAAGUUUUCCAACCAGACCACCCUGUUCGCUCUCCUGGCAUGACUAUGUCCAACGAGGGAAUGUUUUCCUUUGGCGCCGAUUCAGAUGACGAAGAUGGUGGUGCAUUUGCAGACCGCAAUCUCGUCAUGACUCAGGACUUUUCGCCUGGUCCGAUGGACGAUGGCAGCUCACUUGGGUGGGACCCGUCACUACCCGGCCAGUACAGCACGCAGGCGGCACGGUAUCCUGGAGGGCCACCUCGCAAACAAGUCACUAUUGGCGGAACUACUACGGACUACGUUGAAAAUAACGACUGGGAGGGCGGCAACUUGCCACGAUCGCAGUCACAGUCCUUCCGCCAGGGAUCCGAAAGAAGAGGCGGUAAGGUGCCUCGCACGGCGUCAACUCCGGCGGGACACCUGGGGAGGAAUGGAAAUCCUUUUGACCGAAUGGCUCAAUCAACCCCCAACUCACCGCCCGAAAACAACGGGACCGUUUCUGGCUACUCUUCGGUAGCCCCGAGCCGACCUUCAUCACCGCCUGGCUCAAAGCAUGGCUCUACAACCAAUCUGCAAGCGGCGGCAGGCAACCAAGGAGAGGGAAACACGCCGACGACGUGUACAAACUGCUUCACGCAGACGACGCCGUUGUGGCGCAGAAACCCUGAAGGCCAGCCACUCUGCAACGCCUGCGGUCUAUUCCUGAAGCUUCACGGUGUUGUGCGACCUUUGAGUUUGAAAACAGAUGUGAUUAAGAAGAGAAACCGCGGCUCAGGAGCGAGCUUGCCCGUUGGCGGCACUAGCACGAGAUCAAAGAAGAACGCUUCUGGUGUCGCUGGAGUGGGCUCGCGCAAGAACUCGACUCUUGCCAUCUCGUCUACUCCUGUCAACGCCACGACCCCGCCUGCCGCUGCUCGAGCCGGCAGUGCAAACGACGUUGAGAGUCCUGCAAGCGGAGCUGCAUCCGGUGGCAACACUGCUGGCAACACGCCGACUAGCUACGGAACGGGCUCAUCUACAGGUGCAGCUGCUGGCGGGAAAGGUGUUGUCCCGAUUGCUGCCGCACCUCCGAAGAACACCCCUGGUCCUGGCGCUGCGUCCCUCCCCCGGAACGUUACCACUUCAUCAUCUUCCAGCUCAUCGAAACGCCAACGUCGCCACAGCAAGAGCGCUGGCAGCGAAAGUCUCACGGGUAUGGAAGUUGAUAGUCCUGAGAACUCGACUGGCUCCAACGAGGCAGCGAAGACACUUAGCACUACCGGUUUCACAAGUAUGCCCACGACUGGUUCUCUGGGUCUGGCCAACGGGCUCGGCAUGACCCAACGCCCCAUGAUGAGCUCGGGCAUGAUGGGCAUGCCCGGUGGUCAAAACGGCCAAAUGAUGAACCCGGGAGGGCCAGCAUCUGGCCCUCAAGAAUGGGAAUGGCUUACGAUGAGUUUGUAA